AACAAAUCUGUGUCUCUAAAUAUGAGAAGCUCUUAACCACUAACCUUAACUUUGAAUCCACCAAAAUCAGGUAAUAAAACAGUGUCUCCAACUUUUACACAAAUUUUAACAAAAUCACCUUUGUGGUCAUAAUAGCCUUCGCCAGCCUAGAAUUUUAGAAUAAUCGAAUUACUUCAAUGACUACUCCUGCUGGAUUCUUAGUAUCACCAGUAUUUAGAAUAAUGCCACUUUAGGUUUUAUUGGGAACUUCCAACUUCUUAAUAAGAACUCUGUUCAUGAGUGGGACUAAUCUUUUGAAUUGCUACAUCAAUUAAUUUAAUUAAAUAAAUAAUAUUAUGGAUUCAAACUAAUUUGUAUGAUAGUUUCUUACUAUAUGAUAGGGUAUUGAAAUGGCUAAGAAAUUCUAACAGUUCUUUGCUCACAUGAACAAGUUUUGUUAACAAUUUUUGAAAGAUUAGAAUGUGGCAGAGAUUUAAACAACAGAAAAGAAGAAAGAACGUGACCCUAAUGCACCUAAAAAGCCUUUGACAGCAUUCUUUUUAUUUAAUUAGAAGUACAGAGAGAAAGUAAUCGAACGCAAUCCAGGUAUUAUUAGCUAGAAAAAUACUUAUAGAGAUUAAGCUUACUUAAAUAUCUUAAAUGGCGGGAAAUAAAUGGUAAUCUAUGACAGAAUAAGAAAAGAAGGUAUUACUUUAACCAUUUUUAAUAGCCUUAUCUUGACCAAUACAAUGCAUCUAAGGAAAAAUAUGAAUAGGACUUAAGAGAUUAUAAUGAGAAGAAUGGAAUUGAAACAAAUGAUAAGAAGCGAAAGAAAUCAGAGAAAGUAUAAUGAAUUAUAAUAUCUUUUUAGCUAGAUAAUAAAUCAAUGAAAUCAGCAUAAGAUCAUAAUAUUGAUGACUUUGAAUCAGAAUCUAUUCAACCAGCUGCAAAACAUUAAUAAUAAAUUAAAUAACAAUAAUAAAAACAAAGCAAUGAUGAAGAUUAAGUCAAAUAGUAGCCCGGAAAAUAAACUAAGCCAUAACCAUAACAAAAAUAAAUACCAGUUUAGACUAAAAAGACUAAAAAUGUAGAGAUAGAUGAUGAUCUUUAAAAAGAUAUUGAUUAAGCAAUGAGUAAUCCAAAAUAGACAUAAAAAAAAUCUAAAAAAUGAAAAGCAUAAAAACAACC